CCAACUUGUUAACUAGUCAUUCUUUUCACAGAUUUGAACAAGACAGCUAAGUGGUUUUAGAUUAAAGUUAUGUUAUCUAUCAUUUUGUUCUUUAGUUGCGUAUCGCGAAAGCUUCUCCUCAGUUUUGACCUUAACUAUGAACCAAAACUGACAUGAGGUCAGUCAUUAGGUCACUGCUUGAAGUUCAUCGAUUCAAGUGUUUACUGUCAAUCUUAAAUUAAUCAGAACAGAACCUUUUUUUCUGUCAAAUUUAUUGAUCGCGGUUCUGCAGCAGAAAUCAAAAGAAAAAAACACGGCGAACUCAGAGACGAAAUGGGGGAAACGACACACCAGCAGGCUGUGGUGAGACACCCGAUGAACGAGUUGAAUUCUGUGUUCACGACAGACAGCGAGUUAGAGUCGCAGGGAAACAACUCCAUGUCACGUGAGACCGCAUCGCAAGACUUGUCGCAAAACUCAUCGCCCGAUAAAGAAUUGAAUAAAAAGCGUGUGAGACUGUGUCGGAAGCAGACGGGGAAAUUGAACACGCGCUUCAAGAACAUCAGCCAGAAAAACGCCAGACUGGUGAAGGACAUCUUCGUGACAGUGGUGGACCUGCAAUGGCGAUACCUCAUAUUCAUUUCAACUCUAUCAUUUUUCCUGACGUGGACUGGGUUUGGGUUGGUGUACUACGCAUUGAUGUGGAUCACAGACGACUUCGACAAUCAGGACGCCUCCCAGAAGUGUUUCGCCAAUAUCAAGGACUUCCCAGGGGCACUGCUCUUCUCACUCGAGACACAGACCACUAUAGGCUACGGCUACCGGACCCUGAGUGAGAACUGUCCCCUGCCCAUCAUAGUGUUAUGCAUCCACUCCAUCUUCAGCGUCUUCUUCGAGUCAGUCCUCAUCGCCAUGACUCUGGCCAAGAUCGUCAGGUCCAACAAGCGCAAGUCCACCAUCGUAUUCUCAAAGUACGCCUGCAUUGCAAUGUACAAUAGCCAACUGUGCUUCAUGUGCAGACUGGGAGACUUAAGAGGCAACAGCAAUAUGUUCGAGGCUCAUGUGAGGAUGUACUUUGUCCAUGAGACCCACACCCAGGAGGGAGAGGUGAUUCCGGUCACAUUCACAGACAUGGAUGUUGGAUUCGACCAAGGUCGAGACAGACUGAUGGUGAUCACUCCUAUGAUCAUCCGACACGUGAUCAACUGCAAGUCCCCCCUCUACCACAUAUCGGCACACAAUCUCCCCUCCCAGUCGUUUGAGGUGCUGCUGGUGCUGGAGGGAAACAUAGAACAGAUCGGAGUGACGGCCCAGUGCAGGACCUCGUACACGCCAGACGAGAUAUACUGGGGACACUACUUUCAGAACUGCAUUGAGCGACGCAGCACACAUUACAUGGUGAACUACGCCUUGUUCGACUCUGUUUACCAAGGAGAAAGCCAGCAGCUCUGUUCUGUGUCUGAAAAAGAAGGAAAUGACAGCUCGGAGACACCCCAGGAAGAUACCGUUGUCAAAACCUCAUUCUGAUUUUCAUUCAGUUUCCUUUGCAGAGUAGUUUAAUUUUUGCUGACUUCA